UAGUAUUUUGCUUACCAGAAAAUCAAUUUCUGUGAACUCGAAAAUGGCAGGGAUUGUAGUGAUUUCUGACUUUGAUUCAACAAUAAUUGAUUGUGAUAGUGAUAACUGGGUUCUUGAUCAUUUUGGUUUAACUGACAAGUUCUAUCAACUCCUUCCAAACACACCUUGGAACCCCUUAUGGUUUUCUUUUCUUUUCCUCUGUUUCUUGCUUUAAUUUCUCUGUUCUGCAAAAUGAUUCUGAGUUUCCAUUUGAUCUGAAACUGUUCAGGAUAAGACAAUGAGCGAGCUUCAUUCACAAGGUAAAUCCAUGGAACAAAUUGUACAAGUUCUGAAACGAACUCCAAUGCAUCCUCACAUUGUUCCUGCCAUUGAGGCAGCUUACUCUCUCGGGUGUGAUCUGAAGAUUGUUAGUGACGCCAAUAUCUUCUUUAUUCGGACAAUUCUGGAGCAUCAUGGCGUGUCGGAUCGUUUCUCAGAGAUAAUAGCAAACCCCAGCUUUGUUGAUGAAGAAGGGAGGCUCAGGAUUUUUCCUUAUCACGAUUAUCUAAAAUCUUCCCAUGAAUGCAAUCUAUGUCCUCCAAACAUGUGCAAAGGAAAGAUCAUAGAAAGGAUUCAGAAGUGUGUUGCAGAAGAAGGGAAGAGCAAGAAAUUCAUCUAUCUUGGAGAUGGAAGUGGAGACUUUUGCCCAAGCUUGAGGCUGAAAGACACUGAUAGUUUAAUGCCGAGGAAGGAUUUUGCAUUGUGUGACUUGGUUUCCAAGAACUCCAACAGCAUUAAAGCAGAGGUGCAUGGUUGGGUUGACGGGGAUGAGCUCAUGCAAGUGCUGCUCCGUAUAAUCAACAGUCAUCAUCCAGCAAUCAAAAGCAGUGAGGAUUCUACUCCAACCAUGGCCGUUGAUUGCAAGAAGAUGGCGGGACCCACUCCCAUGGAUGCUCCUAAAAACCUGCCUCAAGCCAUACCAGUUCCUCCGUUAAAUAGCAGCUGAUAAUGUUGAAGCAAAAUUAAUUAGUUGCUUGCCAAUUAUCCAUUUUUAGCUCUUGCGCUGCUGCAAAUUUUGCAGAAUAAGGCUGUGUUCCGUCUAUGAAUCUUGAUGAUGACUAAGAAUAUAAUGAAUAAAAGCAUGCAUUUUACCGUACAA